AUGUGCAGGCCUGCAACGGCGGUACCCGCUGCAUGGCAUUGCCUUGCCCUAGCGGGGGGUGGCGGGACAGUGGGUCUGAUAGCUGUAUCCGGAUCAGCCUCCUUCCUGGCGCUCUGUCCAUAUCUACCCGCACCCGUGAGCCGGCUGGGGCUGCACGAGCACAGCUUCAACAAGCACCUCCAGCUCAGCCUGCGUCCCGCCGGCUCGCUGUACUUCGGCUGGCUGGGCUCGUGCCUGCAGAUGCUGGGAGGGCUGGCUCUGAUGGUCAGCUUAAAACGGCCCAAAUGCCACACCUGCCCCGCCUGCCCCGAGCUGCCCGCCUGCACCUGCCCCGGCCACAACAAGGCCAGCAUCGAUGUGUACGAAGUCAGCUGCUAA